AUGGAGUUGGAACCUGUGGGAGGAGCAAGGAAAUUAGACAUCCAAGAAUUGGAGGAAAUUCGUAAUAAUGCCUACGAUAAUGCUCGUAGCUAUAGGGACAAAACAAAAUUGUUUCAUGACAAGAAAAUAUCCCAGAAGCAUUUCUCAAUAGGACAAAAAGUGUUGCUUUACAACUCCAUGCUAAAAUUGUUCCUCGAUGGUGUAGUUGAAAUAGAAAGUGAAAAGUCGGGAAAACGGUUCACAGUUAAUGGUCAAAGGUUGAAGCCGUUUUUUGAGAAUUUUCAAGCCCAUACGGUUGAAAAAUUUCAGGUGGAACCUUCAUAA